GAGUUAAUUGAUGGUCACAUGGCGCAGGCAAACUGAACUGACAGCUGCAAUGUGUACUGACAAGAGAUGAGUGACAGCAGCAGGCCAGUCAGUAAUUCCAGUAUCUUACUCACAGGCCGACAAAGGUGACGGGGAGCCACGGGAUUGCAGUUCUUGAAAUUCCAAACAGAUAAGUGACGGAUUGACUGACUGUGAGGUUCAAGUUUCUCUCACUGCUGCACAAGGCAACGAUAGAUAUUGUGAAAUGGCUGAAUGCAAGAGUUCUGCUGGGAUGGCUGGGAAAACGGUCAUCAUAACGGGAGGGAACACUGGAAUUGGGAAAGCCACUGCCACCGAAUUGGCCAAGCGAGGAGCGAGGGUCAUCUUGGCCUGCAGAAACAAGCAUAAGGCUGAGCAGGCCAUAGCGGAUAUUGAGCGAGAGACUGGGAGCACUGAUGUGCAGUACAUGCAUCUAGACCUGGCAAGUCUUCAGGCUGUCCGCUGCUUCGCUCAGACCUUCUUAAAGACAGAGUCCAGAUUGGACUUGCUCAUCAAUAAUGCUGGUCUAGUGGCAGAUGGGCGAACUGAGGACGGUUUUGGGAUCGAGUUCGGGGUCAACCAUCUGGGCCACUUCCUGCUCACCUGUCUCCUGCUGGACCGCCUGAAAGAGGCCCCUCAGAGCCGUGUGGUGACCCUGACCUCCAUGGCCCACCGCUGGGGCAAGAUCGACUUUGAUGCCCUCGUGACCAACAAGGACCUGGGCGAGGGCCGCUACAGUUGGCAGUUCUUCAAUGCAUACUGCAACAGCAAGCUCUGCAAUAGCCUCUUCACCCACGAGCUGGCCAAGAGACUGAGGGGUACCAAUGUCACCUGUUACAGUGUUCAUCCAGGCGUUGUUAGGACUGAACUGUCGCGCCACGUCAGCCUGUGGCAGAUGGUGAUCGUCGUGCCCAUAUCCCGGCUUUUCUUCCUGGACCCAAAGGCCGGGGCUCAGACCACCCUGUACUGCGCCCUGCAGGAGGGCAUCGAGCCACUGAGCGGCCGCUACUUCUUCUGCUGCGCGGUGGAGGACGUUUGCGCCCAGGCCAAGGACGAUGCCGUGGCCAAGAAGCUGUGGGACAUCAGCGAGGGGUUAUGUGGUCUGUCGUAAAAGGAGCGCCAGGGGACUUGUGCACAGUGGAGACGCUCACUUAAUGGUGCUGAGUGGUGUGUGAACCUCUGUGUUUUUUGUGGUAAAUCUGUCUUCAUGUGUAAUCAGUUAAGUUGCGUUUUUGGUGUUUCUCAUAUGUUUGUGUUGAAUUAUUUUGUUUGAACAUUGUGACCUUUUUUAUUUUUAUAGAUGUAUAUUGACGUAUUGCAUGUAUUGUGUAAAUAAAUCUCAUAUGGUUAUUGAA